UUAAUGUGAUCUUGAAACAGUAACUUACUUGUGCUUGCAAGCAAUCUAUAUCUAUCAAUAUAUAAAUGACCGUCUAAAGGCUAACUGCUCAAAACAACACAACACAUCUCCGAAGCUUAAAAAAAGAGCAAUCAUGAAAUUUCAAACCCUAAUUCUUCUCACCCUUCUUCUAAUAGCCUCUGUAUCUGCAAGGAAACUAUCUUCGCCGCAGGCUGGUGGUUAUAGCCCCAUCGAAGACAUCAACGAUUCUCACGUCAUCGAAAUCGCUAAUUUCGCCGUCACUCAGUACGACAAGCAAAGUGGUGCGAAACUGAAGCUUAAUAAGGUAAUCAAAGGUGAAUCUCAGGUUGUUGCAGGGACUAACUACCACCUCACUCUCUCCGCCGGCGAAGGUUCCGUUUCAAAGAUCUAUGAAGCUGUUGUGUAUGAGAAGUUAUGGCUUCACUUCCGUAACCUCACUUCGUUUGAACCUGCACAAGCUUAAAUUAUAGAAAAUUAUUAAAAUGUUGCGCUUAUCUCUUUAUAGCAUCAUUCCCCUGUUAUGUAAUGAAUUAUUAUUGUCAUUAUUUAUAUAAAUAAAAUUUUAUGUCUUCAAAAAUACAAGUUCA